CAGCUUCACUGGCAGUCUGUGUGGGGAUGUCAAAGGGCGCGAUCGAGAAUUUUCCGUCAAUUUGGCUCAGGGUUCCCUUGGAUCAUUGAUCAUGUGGUCAUGGCGGACUUCCUUGCCGUCGUGCCUAAGGCACCACAGAAGGAAUUGCAGCCAGCUGGGGUGCUUGAUGAUGAUGCACGGCCGAGGUUCAACGUCGGCGUGCCGAAUCCGAUGUAUUUGAGCAGCGCCUCGGCACCUUCAACUCCAGCGAGGCCUUCGACUUCCCCACCUACAAGUCCGUUGGAAGGGGAUUGCGAAGUUCGAAGACUGUCCGAAUCUGAUUUGGCCAAUUUGAUGCCGCAAGUCUAUGGCAGCAAUCAGUUGGCAGAUCAACCAGACAAGAUCCUGAUGGGUGAGGACAACAUUUCCAUCCCCGGCUGUUUGAUGGUGAAGAUCUCAGAAGAAUGUGACGUCCAAGAGGAAAAUUCAGAAAAAGAGAAGGUACCCGACCAUGCGUCGCAACAUCAGAGCGAACGCGAUGAUGUGGAAGACCGCAGGAUCUCCGCUCCGCAAAUGCACGAGCCUGGAGCUGCCAAUUGUCGAUUGAGCAUUAGCGGCCUCAUGCCCUCGUAUGGAGCAGGUUCGGUUGUGGACACUCCAGGGCAGCGGCAAAUCAGCAAAAACUCGCAGAUCCGGACCAGCACCUAUGCAGUUUCAAAGACGCUGAAGAAGAGCCAAGGAGAUUCUUCGGAAAGGAUAGGUUUUCAAGAAGGAGUCGAGCCUUCGAUGCAAAUGUAUUUGGAGGACCACUGUAUUGAUGGUCCAAGUUCAGCUUGGCGUAGGACGACUUCGGUGAAGCUCUUGAUGAGUAUUAUUGUCCUUCUGCCGAUGCUGUCAUUUUCCGUCCUUUUCCUGCCACUCACUGCACCAGAGAAGGGCUUCCAUCAAAAUUGGGUCUUCAACUACUUGGCGCACCCUGCCCUCAAUUACGUGGUUUGCCGUGCAGAGUUGGAAAUUGGCCUUCGUCGACCGCUGGCACCCUCUGACAGACCACGUAUUGCCUGGGUCAUGCGUUGGUGUCCACUGAUUGGCUGCGUUGCAUGCAUUUUCAUCCACUUUAUGGCCAGCCUCUUCGGCGUUUACCCAAUGCCUUUUGCCGCUGCUACCAGUUGCCUCCCAAGUGCCUUCAUUACGUUGUUUGUGGGAAGCUACUUGAUCCCAGAAGAUCUCCUAACCUCUGACCUCCGGGCCUUCAUCCAGUUUGCAUAUUUGGAAUUAAUCUUUACGACCUUGCAGUUUGGAGUGCUUACGCUCUGGCUGGAAGUUUUCCCCGCCCUCUCGGUGCCAUUGCAGCUGCUUAGCAGUGCCGCCGUUACUGCCAUGAUGGCUGGAACUGGAUGGGCGGUCAACAAGAUAGGCCCACGAUACCUUGGAGUGCCAGAGUACAUCACUGAAGAAGCAAAGAUAUUGAUUCUCUUUGUGGCAUUUCUCUUCUCGGCCGCCCUUUUAUCCAGCGCAAAGAAUGGCGUGGUUCUGUGCGUGAUGCUGAUCCUUGACGCAGGAAAAGCUUUGGCAAUCGCUUUGAAAACCUGCGGUUGUCUUAUUGCUGUUCUCGAAGAGAUGACAUUGGUGGAGGCAGGCUCAGCACAGAGUCGGCUGUGCAAGAGGUGGAUAAAUUUUACAGCCUUGCCACUUCUCGUGUAUCAGAAGUGGCGAUUGGCAUUCCAAGUGCGAAAGCAACUCAACAACCUUGUGAUUGACUUGGCGGGAAAGACCCGAGAAAGUCUUCAAGAAAGUGAGAUCACCAUUAUGGAGGCCCGACUCCUCAACGAAUUUGCGCGACACGCCAAGGUGUUUGCUCUCGUUGAGCUUUGUGAAGUCGCAGUUCCUUUGAUGUACAUGAUGGUGAUGGCUUUGCUUCAUACCGAAACUUUCGGGUAUAACCGCCAGUACUAUGAGAUCUUCUCCACCACGGGUCAAGGUUAUCAGGAUGCGAUGAUUGGCAAUGCGAUGAGUUUCCUUAUCGAAGCGUUCGUUUUCGUGGCGGCGCAAGUCGCGUUCUUGCAAUCCACUGGUUUUGACUUGGCAUACUUUGCAGGAAUUGUCCUGCUGGAGAACUAUUCAUAUUGGGUUUUGGGUCUGGGCGCUGGUUCUGUAGCUUGGCUGACGGUGCUCAUUAGUCAUGGUGGUCACGACCUUGAUUUGAUUAGAGCUUUAUUCUCGAGACAGUGACCCUGAGAAUGGGGGACCCUUCGGGCCAAGGCCUCCA